AUGUCGCAGAUGGGCAAUGAAAAUGCUGCCCUCGUUAUUCGGCUCUUGUUAGAAGACUGUGAGGAAGCCUUAUCAGCCACUGUAGGCAAAGGCAAGCAGGUUGUCGGCACCGAGACAGACCAACAUGUUGCCCUGGACUUGCAUCUUCAGGAGAUCAACCUGCUCCAGGAAUUCGCCGCUGACAGACGAAUGGCGAGAAGCGUUCAGCAAGCUAUACGGUCUGACGGUCCAGCGCUUUCCAUCUCGCAGGAGGAAGAACGGCGCGCAGAAAACGACCACAGUCUUUCGAUCGCAGUCAGCCAGGGAGCCACACCUUCGACGCUUGAAGCUGAUUUGAACGCUCAGCGUACUAUCGAUGACGAUGACGACGAGUUUAUUGAGAAGCUUCUAUACAUAUACGUUGACGGUAUCGAAGAAAUUGCGGCCGACGAUGACCCCGAAGAAGGUCAUGACACUGAUGGAGAUAGUGAUGUGGCCGAUCUGCCCGAAAGUUCUGCUUGGGCAGCAUCUAGAGACAAAAGAAAAGCAAGGCCAACCCGCAAUUGUGUAGCUUGCGGAAAUCACAAGCAUUUUGCCGAUGUCGCCAGGGCUCCAUGUGGUGACGAGUAUUGCCGAGAGUGUCUCUCGCGCCUAUUUCGAGAUGCCAUGAUCGACGAAAGCCUUUUCCCCCCAAGAUGCUGCAGAUUACCUAUACCUCUGGAACGGAAUCGACUUUUCCUCAGUGCAGACUUGUGUCGGCAAUUUCGCAAAAAGGCAAUCGAGUUCUCAACGCCCAAUCGAACAUACUGCCAUAGUUCAGAAUGCGCCCAGUUCAUACCGCGCGAGAACUGCUCCGAAAACACAGCCGUUUGUGAUGCAUGUGGGCUUCGCACUUGUACGACAUGCAAGAGUGCUGAGCAUGGCGGUGACUGCCCCAAUGACGGACCACUCCAACAGGUGAUAGAGCUUGCCAGGGAACAAAAUUGGCAGCGCUGUCAGAAUUGUUGGGGCAUGGUGGAAUUGAACACGGGGUGCAAUCAUAUCACGUGUCGGUGCGGGUUUCAAUUCUGCUACGUUUGUGGCGCUCAGUGGAAAACCUGUCAUUGCGACCAAUGGGAUGAGCGUCGGCUCUACGAGCGUGCCAACGAGAUAGAUGCUCGUGAUCGAGGUCACGACGAUAUUGUCCCAGAAGGGCCUGUCCUACCUAGGCAGGAGGCUGAUGACAACCUGCCAGCACCAAUCGAAGACGAUGCCCAGGAGCAUCCCGCUGAGCCUAACGCUCAUGAACCGGCCAUUCUUGAUACAUCACAGGCGCCGUCAGUGGUAGGAGAGGUCAUGACAACCUAUGAGAAUUUUGUUCCACAGCUCAACCCCAGCAAUAACGGUAACACUGCACGUCACCGUGAUCGGCAGCAACGACUUGAAUCGCUCAUGCAAAGACUGAGAUACAAUCAUGAGUGCAGUCACGAUCGCUGGAGUAACCGGCCAGGUCCCCGACGAUUGCAAGGUUAUGGCUUGUCGCCGUUGUAG